AUGAAUAAAAUCAAUAGAAUAAACCAAUUGAACAAACAAGAACUUGGUUUACCAAUUGAAUCAUCAUGGCACCAGGACUAUAAAGAUUCGAAUUAUAUAUUCAUUUCAAAUAUUCACGAAAGCUUAAAGCACAAAGAUGUGUUGAUCAUCUUUUCACAAUUUGGGUUACCAACUCAUUUGAAGUUGAUACAUCCAGAAACUCAAAAUGCUAAUAAAGAUGAGGCGAUGUCUGGAGCACAAAACGAAAACUUCAAAAAUAGGAAGAAAUUUGCAUUUUUGAAAUUCGAAAAGUGGGAAAGUUGCGUUAUGACGAUCGACAAUUUGAAUGGGACUGUUUUAAUGGGGUCGAAAGUUUUAGUAGACCACUGUUGGUUCAAUUUGAAGGGCGACGAGAAGGAGGAAGAUUUUUUAGUUGACUACAAUGAAUACUUACCCAAAUCCAUUGAAUCUUCGAAACAUUCCGUGAAGAAAACCACAAAAAUUAAACCAUCAGAAGAUGUACCCCAAUCGAAUGAAGGAAAUGAAGACAAUGAUAACGAAUUACGAGAUCCAAUGGAAAAUAUAACUCGAAAAAGAGUUAUAGGCGAAGUACAAAGACAGUCAGAGGAUGAAGAAGACGAUUUCAAAGAUCCAAUGCUGGAAUUCUUGAGCAAGAAAUCAAAACACAAGCAUAGACACAAGCAUAGACACAAGUCCAAAGACAAAGAAGAGAAAAAUCAUUAG